AUGCAUUUUACAUUGACUUUAGUGAUCGCUCUUGUCAGCUGCCUGGUUGUUGUUAGAUGCGCUGACACCGCCUCUUCAGAUACUUCCGCGACCUCAUCAGCAGAUCCUAGCACUGGCUCGACUUCUUCAGACACCACUUCUUCAGACUCUACUCCUUCGGACUCCACUUCCUCGGACUCUACUCCUUCGGACUCCACAUCUUCCGACACCAGUUCCUCAGAUACCAGUUCCUCUGACACUAGUUCCUCUGACAGCAGCUCCCCAGACACCACUGAAUCUACAGAAGCUGAAAGACUCCAGCUUUUGAAAAUCCUCGAGCUCGUGAAAGAACGCAAUGCAGAAAAACGUCGUCUACUCGCCGGCCGCCUUCACAUUGGCGUGGUUGUAAACAAUCGUCUUAAUCGUGGUUUAUUGGCCUAG